CGGUCACACUCGAAGCGAACUAUCGAUAGUUUGGAUUAAUAACAGAACGCCUUCUGAAAUCGAAGUCGAAGCGAAUAUCGAAAACGAAACACAUCAGGCGGGCGAGAUUUCGUGAAAUUCAGCAUUUACAAAUUUCUCUUUCUCCCCCUGUGGCGUAUGUGUGUUUGUACGAUAUAGCAGCCGAAAAACGAAAACCGAGGUGCGAGAGCGAGAGUACAUAUAAAAAAAACGCGUGCGUUCCUCCUCUAACAUAUAGUGAGUCGUAUUUGUGACCUGUGCCUGUGUUUGUGGCCACUGGAGGAUCAGCGAUUUAACGAAAAAUACCGGCACAUCAAUAUAAAAGUAUUAUAACCACGCAACAAAUUCAAUUUUAAGCAUUUUAACUGAAAUACAAAGGAAAUAAAUCAUGACUGAAGUUGAGCAACCGCCACAGAAUGGCAUAGAUCCCACUGCCGGCGAGGAUGAUGACAAUAGCAAAGCACGUCCCGCGGAUAUUGAACAGGAUAUGCGUGAAAUGGAGCGUCGCAAGCGGGUCGAGGCCAUUAUGGGCUCAAGGUUGUUCCGCGAGGAGCUGGAGCGUAUCGUGGAUUCGGCCCGAGAUGGAGGAGCUGGCGCCAGUGGGAUCCUGCAGCAGCUGUCGGACAUUGUGGGCGUACCGGUGUCGCGGGUGGGCAGCGUCUUUAAGAGCAGCAACUGCAUGGUGCCCAUCAAUGACAUACGCGGCGUCGAGUCCAUGGGCUACGCCAAGGGCGAGAAGAUACUCCGGUGCAAGCUGGCCGCCACAUUCCGUCUGCUCGAUCUGUACGGCUGGACCCAGGGUCUGGGGGCACAGAUCACUGCCCGACUCAAGGUCGACCAGGAGUACUUCCUGGUUAAUCCGUACGGCCUGCUCUACCACGAGAUCACCGCCUCAUCGCUGAACAAGGUGGACAUGCAGGGUCAGAUUGUGGAGCAGGGCACCACCAACUUUGGCGGCAACAAGAGUCACUUCAUCCUUCACUCUGUGGUACACGCUGCCCGUCCAGACAUUCGAUGCGCCAUCUACAUCGGCUGCAGUCCGGUUGUGGCCAUUUCUUCGCUGAAAACCGGUCUGCUGCCGCUGACCAAGGAUGCCUGUGUGCUGGGCGAGAUCACCACUCACGCUUACACCGGUCUAUUCGACGAGGAGGAGCGCAAUCGUUUGGUGCGAAGCCUCGGCCCCAACUCCAAGGUGAUUCUGUUGGCCAACCACGGUGCUUUGUGCUGCGGCGAAACGAUCGAGGAAGCCUUCUUUGCCGCCUGUCACAUUGUGCAGGCGUGCGAGACCCAACUCAAGCUGUUGCCUGUCGGUUUGGAUAACUUGGUGCUGAUUCCGGAGGAGUCGCGCAAGGCUAUCUACGAGCAGUCGCGCCGGCCACCCGAGGACCUGGAGAAGAAGUUUGCCGCCGUCGCGACAGGCGAAGAUGGUGCUGCCGCUGCUGAAAAGGAAGCGGCUGAAGCUGCCGUGCCCAAGGUGGGCAGUCCGCCCAAGUGGCGUGUUGGCGGUGCCGAGUUUGAGGCCUUGAUGCGCAUGUUAGACAAUGCUGGCUACCGCACUGGCUACAUCUACCGCCAUCCGCUGAUCAAAUCGGAUCCCCCCAAGCCUAAGAACGAUGUGGAAUUACCGCCAGCUGUGUCAUCUCUGGGCUAUCUUCUUGAGGAGGAGGAGCUUUUCCGACAGGGGAUCUGGAAGAAGGGAGAUAUCCGCAAGGGAGGCGACCGCAGCCGGUGGCUUAACUCGCCCAACGUUUACCAGAAGGUCGAGGUUUUGGAGACCGGCACUCCGGAUCCCAAGAAGAUUACAAAGUGGGUGGCUGAGGGUUCCCCCACCCACUCAACGCCAGUGAGGAUAGAAGAUCCACUCCAGUUUGUGCCUGCAGGAACAAAUCCAAGAGAGUUCAAGCGAGUCCAGCAACUAAUUAAGGACAAUCGCCGGGCCGAUAAGAUUUCCGCCGGACCUCAAUCGCAUAUUCUGGAGGGCGUCACAUGGGACGAGGCGAGCCGACUCAAGGAUGCAACGGUCUCGCAGGCCGGCGACCAUGUCGUCAUGAUGGGUGCCGCUUCCAAGGGAAUCAUUCAGCGUGGAUUCCAACACAAUGCCACGGUGUACAAGGCUCCGUAUGCCAAAAAUCCAUUCGACAAUGUCACGGAUGAUGAACUCAAUGAAUACAAGCGCACAGUGGAGCGUAAAAAGAAAUCGGUGCAUGGCGAAUAUACCGACACAGACUUUUCGGAAUCAGAAGCUGUCCUGCAGGCGGGGACAAAGAAAUACCCUCAAAGUGAACCAGAGACCGAGCACCAGGUCAUUGAGAUCCAGACACAACAGGCGCCAGUGCCAAGGCAGGCGGAAGUCGUUUUGAGCGAUGGAGAUAAUAACAAUCACGAUUCUCAGCUAGAUGAAGUGGAGGACAAGGAGAACCACAAUAACGGGCGGGACAGGAACUUGUCCGGUAACAGCAAGUGCCGACGCGACCUGUUUCCUUCUAAGUGCGACGAUCCUGUUCCCCCACCGGAGCAGCUAUAUUCGUAUGUCUACGCUGCGGCAGUCUCUUUGGGCCAGUGUGCCCAACCGCAGGUGUGCUCCGCCUUGCUGCGGGCUCUCCACUCUGAGCAAUUGGGCUAUCUGGCCAGUUCCUAUCGUAGCGGAGCUGGACAGUCGUAUGCCACCACCUCCAGUACAUGCACUAUAGCUAGCGCCACGGGUUCUUCCAUCAAUUCACGUCGUCCACUGCAACCAGCGAAUGCGAUUUAUCCAACUCCAUACCGCACUGGAUCCCAUUUUGGAUUUAACUCACCACGCCAGCAACCACGCACUGAGCACAAGCAUGUGCCCAAGGAACGGGAACAACAGGCCAUGGGAUACCGGCCCAUGCAGAGGGGCAUCAGCUACGAGGAGAUCUUCGCCACACCACGCUACGAGCAGUUGUGCCAGGCGUGCUUCGACAAGCUACUGCGCCUCAAGCCCGAGCUGCAGAGGAUCGGAAGCGGUACGGCUCCUAGUAGUUGUGCCGAGGACCUGACGAGUGCCGGUAGCACUCCCAUUCAAGGCCGACCACUGCCAUCACUGCCUGAAUAUAACGAUAAUUUUGGGGAAAUGACAAUGCUGCCCGAACGUCCGAGGAGGCAACGGAAUGCAGAGACACAGACUCAAGCCAUUUCCGCCUCGUCAUCCACCAUAAAUUUCCUCAGCCAGAUCGAAAGGUUCAACUUCUCGGAAGAAUCGACGAAUGUUAAUUAUUCUCCAGGUCCCAUCAAUAGCGAUAUAAGCCUUAUCGGACUGGUUAUGGAGCAGGCCACAUCAAGCGCUGGAGCGAGUGCCACAAGUGCAGCCCCUCAAAGGAUUUACCACGCGGAGCAGGGAGAUGUCACUGAAGUGUGGAGCUUUGGUCGCUGGUUAGAACCGCAGGAGAAGAUGAUAGCUAGUAACGCCAAUGAGUUUUCACAACAGCCGCUGACCGAGCAUCGCAUCACCUUGGAGAUAACGGAGCAUUUUUCGAGUGCUGAUGCCACAUCUUCUGAUCAUGUCGAUCGCCAGUUAAUGUCCCGCGAAGAGCGCCAGCGUCGCAAGUCUGAGUUCCAGGAGUUAUGGCAAGAUCAUGUCGAAUACUUUGAGGCCAGGGAUCAGAUCCAGCACGAGCAAGAAGCACUGGAUGAACAAGAAGCCAGGUCGUCUUCAAGGGCUACUGAUUGGUUAGCCGAGGAUCAGCAGAUGGAACAAAGCGAGGACCAAGGUGAGGUCGAUAAUGGGCAUACCCAAAAUGAGACCCUGACCGAGCCGAGCGAUGAACUUCCAAAAAUCCUGCAACAGUUCGAGGAAAGUCUUACGUUAGCUGGCGAAAAUCUAGAAAAGCUGGUGGCCACCACCAAGAAACUACAGGCAAUUGACACUGAUACAUCAGUCGCUACUUGUAGUAGUCCACCAGAUGAAAAAGAAUCUGAUAAUAGUAGUCCCCUGUUUCGUUCGAUUAGUUUGGAGAACAUUCCUGAAGCCGAUGACACUGUAUCUAUACAGGAACCAGACUCCGCCUUACCCACAAACUCCAAUAACAGUAUUUGCAGCGAAGAUAUUAAUGGUAUAACCAACAAUUUGGAACAGGAGGAGAAGCGUGACGACGAAAAACCAGUGACUCCCAUUGAGCCAGAAAGGCCCUCUGAAAAAGAGAACGAUGGUGACGAUGAGAAAGACAUUGACGAAAAUGACCUUGAGGUGGAGACUGUGCCUGAUAGUGUUAAUGGAGAACCUACGGAAGUUCCUAACUUAGAGACCGACAAUCCAUUUUUUACGCCGCUAGAGCGCGAAAUCCUCCAGCGCAUCGAGGAUGAUAGACUUGACGAAACUGAGCCCAUAUUCGGGAAGAUUGACCACAGUAUUCGCAACAAGAUGACACCCAAAAAGCUGCGGGACCUGGUCAGCGAGGAGAUCUUUCGCACUUGCACGCAUGUGUACCCCAAUCCAAGCACACCGUUGUCGAAAGAUCCAGCACCUGCUGAUACUACUUUGACACCGAGUGGCUCUUCCCUUUCAGCUCAUAAUAUAAGUGCUCCCUGCAGCUCGAUGGCGCAUACCCACCUUGUCACCCGACCAACGCCUCGUAUGUCGCGCUCCUGGGCGGAGGAUCAGCAAAGGGGGGAGGAGGAGGAGGAUCGAGAGAAGGGCGAGCAGGAAGAACAGGGAAUGACCGAAGAGGAGACGACUCUGGAGCGAAUUAUCUCUUCCACAACUUUUGUGUGCAGGAGCAGUCCGAGCAGAAAGCGCAACUUUAUCCAAGAGAACAUUCGCAAUGCCAGCAGACCGCGAAGUGCCGCCGGUUCGGUUAAGAAGCAUAGGAGCAACAAAGUCAGCACCCCUAAAGCCGUAUCCAGUCCAUCCUCUGUGUGUGCCUUUCAGUGUGGCCAGCGGGAUAGUGGAGCUCGUUUGUGGGUUUCCUUGCCAACGCCUCCUCGGGGAGCAUCAGGUCAAAAGCGGGACAAUACGACCAGUCCUGCUCGGACUUUGUACACCGUUCGGGGCAGCCUCUCAUCGCCGUUUGCCAAACGUCGCAAGCCCCUUGUUAUCUUGCCACCUCUGCGGCGUCCUCAUCAUGGCCACAAUCGAAGCCAGAAUCCGGAAUUAAGUGCGUCCAAUUUAUCCCUGCAUCGAACUCUUUCCAGCAGCACGUUCUUUGUAGCCGACGAAGAGGAUGGAAAUUUGGAUAACGUUUCAACGAGCACCUUUCAGAUGGAUGGAAGUCAGGAGGAACUGCUGGUGGAUAAAGACAGCAGUCAGGAGGAACUGCAGAUGGAUAAUGACGAGAGUCGGGAGGAAUCCCCUAUAGCUCAAAAUAAAGCGAAUGCUACUAACAGCUCCGUGUACUACAGCGCAAACGACAAAACGCAAGAGGGAGAAUCUUCACAAGAAAGUGCAGAAGCAAUAGAAGAGGAACCACGGGAUAUGCAAUUCAGGCCCAACCAUCGUCAGGACUUUUCUGAAAGGCCUUUCUUACUGGAAAGCUCUAAUUCUGAUAUAUCUUUAGAAAUUCCAAAGAAAUCUUACGAUCACAAAGAAGACUCGUCCUCGCAGAAAGUAGAAACGGAACAAACCAAUGCGAUAAUCUAUGUAGAUAGCCCCUCCCAGGUUACAACCGAUUCCGAAUCUUUGGAUUCCAAGAGGAUAGAGAUAAAUGAUAAGCUGUCCCCGGCCGAAACAUCUAGCCAACUCGACGAAGAUGCUUCAUCGGUAGAACCAACCCGCCUAACAGGUGGAUCAGAAGCCUUGCAAUCACCUAAAAGCUCUACAGGAAGUGAUCAUAUCGAUGAUAGAGAAUACACUCCGGAUAAUAUAAAGAAUCAAGGCAGAAGCGUAUCCCAAAAUGUUCUUUCCUCAGAAAAUGAAUUAAAUGAAAUGAUGAAGGCGAAUGAUAAGGAUAUGAGUGAUGAUGAGGUCACCCUGGACACAGUUUGCAGUGUGCAUGGUCUGGAGUUGUGUGUUCAGGAGGUGGUGCCGAUAAAGCAAGAAGAUUUGGAGAAAAUGACUGAUUUUGGGGGAAUGUUUGAGGAUGGCUUUGGGCCGGUAGAGAAAGAUGGCGAGGACCAUGUUCCAGUGACAAUGAAACCAGAGUUUGAGUAAUCUAAGAAAUGCUGAGGAACAGAAGAUGAAGAUUAGAAACCGUUGCCCUUUUAUACAUUUUAUAAUCGCCUAUAAUUUUAACACUGCUUGACAUGAACUUUAAUUUGAAAUUUUCUUUUCCAACAUUGUCAGUAACACAUUAUUAUCAAUCAUUUAUCUGCAUCUUAUUUUCUAUAAUGUUAUGUGGUUGGACGAAAAUAAAAUGUAAAAUAUUGGAUAUGUAAUCUUUUACUUUAAGCUGAUUAACUAGAAACGUAUUGUAGUUUGUAAUGUAUUACUAACUUUUUACGGCUAAGGGAUAAUAAUUUAAAUG